GAGGAUAAGCAGAUAACCAAAAUGAUGAUUUGUAUGGCUAAAACUAAAAGGCUUUAAGCUCUUGUUUAAGUUUUGUGGUUCCUAUUCUUUUAUUUAUAUCCUAAUAAGAAUCCAAGUCCCCUCCUCUGUGCUAUUUUGUUGUUUUUUUCCCCUCUCUCUCUCUCUCUCUCUCUGUUACUGACUUUGCCACAUACCUUCAUCAUGAUUCUUCCCAGUCAGUCAGUUACGAUUAUGGUGCUGAAGGUGGAUCUUCAGUGUCACAAAUGCUACAAGAAAGUCAAAAAAGUUCUUUGUAAAUUCCCUCAAAUACGAGACCAGAUAUACGACGAGAAGCAAAACCAAGUGGUGAUCAAAGUGGUAUGCUGUAGUCCAGAAAAGAUAAGAGACAAGAUUUGCUGCAAAGGUGGAGGUGCCAUAAAAAGCAUCGAGAUCAAAGAGCCAGAGAAGCCCAAGCCACCGCCGCCGGUUGAGAAACCACCUCCCGAAAAACCUAAACCGGCUCCACCGCCUCCCGAAAAACCUAAACCGGCUCCACCGCCUCCCGAAAAGCCUAAACCACCUCCUGAAAAACCUAAACCACCGGUGGAGCCAGUGAAGCCUUGUCCUCCUCCUAUGCAGCCGGUUCCUUGUGUGCCAGGGUACCCACCGCCUGUCCGAACAUGUUGUACGGAUUGUUACCAUGGGCAUGCAGGUGGGCCAUGCUACAGUGGUUAUGGUGGGGGACCACCCCCGUACAUCCAGUAUGAUGGUUACUAUGGGAGGCCAGUGUAUGACAGUUACGGCGGUGGCAGCAGGGGGUAUUGUGAAGAAAAUCCCUCAGCUUGCACAGUCAUGUAAAUCAUUGAUCAUCUUGUUGGGCUGUGACACCUUCUUCAAUCUCGGGAUAAUAUUUUAGCAGUGUUUGUUGUUUGAUAUUAAUAAUAUACGAGGGCCGUAUAUUGUUAAGUGAAUAAUAAAGUUGGUUGUUGAUCUUGGUGGUUGUCAAGUCACAAUCAUGUUAGUCUAUUCAUUUUAUCAUUAAUAUAGACCACAGAGAGAAAGAGAGACAUCCCUUCAUAGUUGGUGCGUGCUACAAUUUUCAAUGCAAUUGAAGUUUCCAUUCCACAUU